AAAAUAUUUUUUUUUCAGUUGUCCUUGCUACAAAAAUGAGAAAUUACCCUCAUCCGUUUACUCCCAAGAAAAAUCACAAAUUUAUCAAUCAACUUUAGUUGGGCGAAACUACAUCAGCGAAAAUACAAGUGUAUAUCAUGGAUCAGACAUUCCAUCAGGGAUUUCUUUUCAUAAAAGUAAUAAAUUGUCAAGUUAUUCUAUGCUACCGGGAAUAUUUCCUACUUAUGGAGUGAAAACUGCAACAUCUUCCAUUUCCACUCAGCUAUGCCAGUAUGCUCACUCUCAAGGAAUUGGUAUUAGCUAUUAUAAUAGCCUUUAUAUGCCUUACAACCAGAAUCCCACCUGUGAGACUUCAGCAACGGCAGGAGCUCUGUUACAUCGUCCGAUGGUUAACGAAUAUCAGCAGCCGCUGCAGCAACAGGUCUACCACCAACCUUCUACAAUGCACAAACAGGCUUCCAACAUGUGUAGUUUACUUCAGCCUCUCAAUCCGUUAUCCCUCCCGUCAUCAAGCAGGGGACUAUUAAAAAGCUUGCCUACUUCAGAAGUAACUACUAACAGUUUCUUAAUGCAAGACUUCACUAAAAGCAAUAUACCACAAAGCUGUGCAGAAAAAAACUGCCUAAAAAAAUUUGAUAGUCUAGUUGAUUUUGAUGAAGGACCAUUAGUGAAUGAAAUGCACUGCCUUGCAUCCAUAAAAGACGUAAGAGAUACAGUUACAUUGCAGAUUACUAAUCUUGAUUACUCGCUGGACGAGUCAAGCCUACGAAGUUUUCUUUUGAAUCAACUAAAGCCUAUUACUCCGGUAUUAUCCCUUGUUUUUGAAGGCAGUGCAUAUGCCAAAGUCACUGUUCCUGACCUUUAUUUUGCAAAGCAAGUUGUUUCCAAUAUGCAUCGAAAAAAGAUUGGUCAUAAACGCAUGCUGGUUAGUUACACACGUGACUCUUCGCUUACCGAAGUCAACACCUUGCGGUGCCAAGUAGCUGGUCUUCUAAAGGAUGUUCCAUACUAUACACUCCCCAUGUAUAAGUUUCGAGAGCUCUUUCAGUCGCGCUUUAAAACUUCGAUAAGUGUGCUGGAUUUGUACAAAAUGUCUGAUGUUUGCACGAUUACUUCUGAUAACAAUGAGGAUAAGUUUAUCAGUUUGCAGCCCGAUCUUUUGAAUACUCUGGAAAACUCGCCUUUAAUGGAGGAACUUCAACACAGUGUUCCAUAUUGUACGAUGCACUUUAGGAGAGAACAGCACAAGGGUUGGGCGGAACAGGAAAUCGAGCCCUUGCCAAAUGUUUUCAUGAGUAUAUCAGAAAUACAAAACCUUAUCUAUCCACUGUUAAAGCUUCAUACUGGUGACGUUCCGGUUGCUACUCUUCUUUACUGUAUUGAAGAACAGUUACAAGUAAAGAUAUUAGCAAAUGAAAGUGGAGUAAAUCUUGAGCAUUUGGUCUGUUGUGUCCAAGGGAUUCAAAUCCAUUGCAAUAAUUUUGGGAUAAAAAUUCUUGGAUGGUUGGAAAUUAAUAAAGAUAGAGCUUUUCACUUAAGUUCUAAUAUUAGCAGUCUAAGUUCCGGAGAUCGCUCUAUUGGUUCAGCCGCAAGUGGUUUAAAACACUCUUUAUCGGACCCACUUUAUCAAAUCUCACGUGAAGUUAUUGAGUUAGUUAAGAUGUCGCCAAAGUCCACAAUGAAGUUUAACCGCUUUAUUCCAGCUUAUCACAAUCAUUUUGGCAAGCAAUGCAGAGUUGCAGAUUAUGGCUACACAAAACUGAUUGAGCUUUUUGAAGCUCUAUCCUCUGUAGUGCAAAUAAUGGGAGACGGCGAAAAUCGUCAAAUUACGCUCACGCACCGAACCCAAACACGCAGAUUUACAUCAGAUCUUUUGCGUGUUUUACGUGCCCAUGGUAAUAAUUCCGUUCUUCUGUCUCAAUUACCAGGAAUUUUAUCGCAAUCACAAAAUAAAAAUUUUGAUAUUUCGGACUACGGUGUAUGCAGCAUUGUGGAUAUAUUGGAUGGUUUGGUAAAUUCAAAUAUUGUAGUAGUAAACACUGUUCAGAAUGGAAAGGACAUUCUUAUCUCAAUGCCGAAACGAAAGCAAACAAGUAAUGAAUUAGAAAAAACUAGUGUGUUCGCUGGCGAAAUAGUCGAACUCCUUCAAAACUCACUACAGUAUUCAAUAUUAUUUCAAAAGUUUGUUCGAUCCUACCAUUACCACUUCUCAUAUCAGUGUCGCCUCAGUGAUUACGGCUUCCUUAAAUUAACUGAUCUCAUGGAUGCUAUUCAGGGCUUGGUAGAGAUGGAAAUAGCAUCCGAUGAGGACAAAAAAAUUUGUCUUUCUCCAUAUGUGGCUAGAAGGGUUUUUGCAGAGCAAUGCGGUGACCUAAUUAAUAAUGCCAAAAACAUAAGAAAUGCCGUAAAACUUGAUCAUGUUCUUAAGUUGCACAAAAAAAAGUUUGGUUACCAAAUGCAAGCGCAGACAUUAGGUGCUUCUGAUAUGAUGGCGGCUGUUAAAAUGUUACCGUACAUUGAAGUAAAAAAUAUAGAUCAAGCCAUAUGGCUAAUAUGUCGCAAAGAUGAUUUAUCAUUUCGAAAUUUCUGUUAUCGUGCAUGUACGCAUCUUAUUCGAUCAGAGUUAUUGGAUCAAGGACCUUAUGCAGGCACUGAAGGAAAUACACAUUUUGAUCAGUCCAACAAAAACUCAAAACACAUUUCGAAGGAUCAAUUUAUAAAUGAGUUUAACAGCCAAAAUAAAUAUCAUCUCAACGAUUCGAUUUUGUCAUCUAUGAGUCAUGCUAUUGAGAUUUAUAAAUACGCUGACAAGGAGUGUGUUCGUCUUACUGGCCUUUUGAGAUUCUUGGUUUCUAUAGUUCGCAUUCUAGAGCAUCGGCGAAGUAUGCACCUGCAUGAAAUAAAGAAGAGUUUAAAAUGCGGUCUUGGCGCUACUUUUGAAUUUGGAUUCCCUAAUUUAUACGAACUACUUUCCGCAUAUGAAGAUCUCUUUACAUUGGACUAUGGAGCAUCUCAUGAAAGAUGUAAUGUUUCAUUAAACGCUAAUUGCGAGUUGCGCCUUUGUACCCAGCUAAGAUACCUGGACAUGUUUGGCUCCAUUAAAUUUACAAACGCAAAGAAGCAGAUCGACGAAUUCGAAUCCAAUAAGAACAAUUUUGCAAAUAGUGUCAUCGCGUUUCCUACUUCAGAAAAUACUUCUUUGUCAAUUACCAAUUCAUCACUAAUCAGUAGUUUUGGAUCAGGUCAAGGAAAUUCCAGUUUCACCGACAGUAUGGAUAUGAACGACAAUUUUCUUAAUUCUUCCCUUAAAUUAUUCAACAGUUCUUUUAACACAUCUGGGGAUUUAGACGCUAGUUUGGGAGCAGGUGAUUUGACUAAGAUAGUCCCAAAUGUCCCAAUGACAGAAAAUUACUAUGAACAUUCUUUGCCCAAACUUUGGCGUCGACGUAAAGUCAGUUCCUACCCGCAACCCUUGCAACAUAUGAAUACAAAUAUUUCGCAACAAAAACGAAAAGCUUCUAAUGGCCUUUACGACCUCAUGAGCUCUAGUAAACAAUUGAAAGGAUCAUUUUAUGGACCACCAAAACCAGAUAUUCCAUCGGAUGAUCAGAGACUUCCGUUUUGGAUUGAUCCGAUAUGGAGCAACAAAGCUGAGGAGCCAAAUCCAAUGAAUAUUGUCAAUGUUCGACCUGAAUUCAACUCCAAAAAUACUUUCCCAUUGCUAUUAUCUCCAUAUACAAUUUCUAAGAAUGAGAAUAUAAAACGAAAACUAUUAGGCAUGGAUAAUCACGAUCGCAAAAUAGCAUAACAACAAAAAAUUGCUAAGGUAUCAAAACAUCCUUCAAACAUAUUUAUCCCUAGUAAUAUUUAAUAUUUGUAUAAAAGCAAUUAAUGUAUAUCUGAUUCGGUUUCGAACUAAAAUUUUUUUACUUUUUAUGUUUCAAUACAUGUGCUUAUAUUAAUUUUAUGUUGGUUGUCAUACCGUUUUAAUUUGUAUAGAAUUGUUGUUUCAAAUUAAUAUUAAUAAAUGAAUUAAAGAGAAAAUAAAGAUUAUACUUAAUUGCCGA